GAGUGUGGCAUUGAUGUGAGAGAAGUGUCGGUGUACUCAGGAGUGUGUACGCAAAUCUUCAGAGGGGAGUUUGGGCUUCACCUGGGGAAGGUGUUCAGCUUUGUACAUCUGAGUGUUCAGGAGUUUCUGGCUGCUUUAUACACAUUUCUCUCCUUCAUCAGCAGAAAUGUAACAGAACAACCAACCACUGAUCUGUCUGAUCUUCUCAACAAGUCAGACAUGUCUGAUCUCCUCAGGACUGCAGUGGACAAGGCCUUACAGAGUGAGAACGGACACCUGGACCUGUUCCUCCGCUUCCUUCUGGGUCUCUCACUGGAGUCCAAUCAGACUCUCUUACGAGGCUUAAUGCCACAGACAGGAAGCAGCUCUCACAGCAAACAGGAAACAGUCGAGUACAUCAAGGAGAAGAUCAGGGAGAAUCCAUCUCCAGAGAAAUCCAUCAAUCUGUUCCACUGUCUGAAUGAACUGAAUGAUCAUUCUCUAGUGCAGGAAGUACAGACUUACCUGAACAGAGGAGGCUACAGGUGUCUCAGUGGAACCAGACUCUCUCCUGCUCAGUGGUCAGCUCUGGUGUUUGUGUUACUGAACUCAGAUCAGGAUCUGGAUGAGUUUGAUUUGUGGAAAUAUGACCGAUCAGAGGAAUGUCUUCUGAAGCUGCUGCCAGUGGUCAAAGCCUCCAGAAGAGCUGAGCUGUGGGGGUGUGAUCUGACAGAGGAAAGCUGUAGAGUUCUGUCCUCAGUUCUCAGAUCAAACUCCUCCAGACUGAGAGAACUGGACCUGAAUCACAAUAACCUGCAGGAUUCAGGAGUGAAGCUGCUCUCUGCUGGACUGGAGAAUCCACACUGUACACUGGAGAUACUGAGUCUGCGUGGGUGUAAACUGACAGAGGAAAGCUGUAGAGUUCUGUCCUCAGUUCUCAGAUCAAACUCCUCCAGACUGAGAGAACUGGACCUGAGUUACAAUAACCUGCAGGAUUCAGGAGUGAAGCUGCUCUCUGCUGGACUGGAGAAUCCACACUGUACACUGGAGAUACUGAGAAUCCCUUCUAUUGUGCGCUGGAAGAUCGCUGGACUUGAAGCAACUCCAAAUGGUGGCCUGCUUGUCCAAAGCCCGUGGUGGUGGCAGUGCAUGGCGUGUGUGUGGAAGCAGGAGUGGAUCUAAUCACAGCCUGUGAUAUUCGUCUGUGCACACAGGGUGCCUGGUUUCAGGUGAAGUCGUGUGUUCCCUGAUAGUCAAUGAUUGCUGGAGCUCUGGAAAUAGCAGGUGAGAUUGCAGGCCGGAGUCGCGUCGCUGUCCAGGGAACCAAAAUCAACCUCCUCUACUCCUGAGACCACAGUGUAACUGAGAGCCUAGACUACAUGGUAAGAACCUGCUUAAGACAUGAAUAGCAUUUUUAGCCUCAAGGUAGACCCAUGCACACACAGUAUGGCCACAAACACAAAGUAGAGCGGUCGAAAUCUGAGAUUUCUCCUCUGU